GAGGGUUGUUCCUGUGCUGGGCAAGUGGAGGGGAUGAUACCAGUGUGGGGGCACAUACCCCACAGCUUUUUUUUAACCUUUAAAACUUAAGAGCAAUAAACAAGAAGAGUAAAUGAGCUGGAAUAAUAUUGAGUCUCUUGUAUGACUGAGAGUCAGUGAAAUCGCCUUUUAAAAAUCUUGUACCCAUAAAACAUGCCCUUGUUAUUUAUUAAGCCUAAAUCUAGCAACUAAUAGUCUGUCUUGGCAGCUUUCGUUACUAGUGCCUGGAAUAAGCAAGGUCUUUAAGUGAGCUACUGAGGCAAACUGUCUGUAUUGCACUUUAUAAGUAUCCAGAUCUCUGAGAAAUGCUGAGCUUGAGUGUUACUGUAUUAGAGAGAUGGACAGAGGUGUGUGGCACAGGGAAGACCGGAUAGAGAGCUAGCUCUCUUGGGAAGGUGUGCAUACUCUUGCCUUUGAGAGGCCAGGUUUAGAGUCAUUUGGUAAACCCUGCAUAUGCAUAUGCAAUAAGGCCAGAUGAAAACAGUUCCGGAAUAAACUCCUCUCGCAGAAGGGGCUGGGGAGGCUGUAUGUGACACUGCCUUUUCUACCCUGACCGAGGAGACACAGGUGAUGUGAAUGACCUGGUUCCCUGGGGCUUAUCAUUAGCACUACACAGUGUGAGUUCCGCUGAGUAAGCUGCAGAGAUUUUCCUUAGAUUUGUGCAGCAGGAACAACACCUGGAGACAAUAAAAUUGAGCAACCCGGAGUCCAAAAGUCAGCUGGCCAAACCAAGGUGUUGUGUGAUCACAGUGAGCUGGGCCCUUGCUGAAGCUCACCUUUUAUUGGGGUGCAAGUCCCUUACUAGAAAAUGGAAAGUGGACUAAGGCUUAGUAGGGAUGGUUUAAACUGAGGGAUUUGGGGAGUAAAGAGUGUGGUAAGAGCAGAGGAGAGCAGGAGCAGUCGGGCCAGGUCCCGCCCACUGAGCCUGACAGGACAAUGGAGAUGGUGUUACUGAGGAAUGGUGGGAAGUGGGCCAGUGACGUGGCGUGGGUGGGUCUUUGAAACAUCUUCACACCUGUGAGUAUCCUCUCACAUGGUUGUGUUUAAAAACAAAAGUAGCCAGGUGCAGGUGCAGGUACCGGAGGCUCCCAGGCCUAGCUACUUGAGAGGCUGAUGUAGGACAAUCUCUUGAGCCCAGACACUAAGCACUCACCCUGGCUGCUGCCUGGAGAACUGCAAAGGCCAUAGAGCCAACAAGAAACCCGAACGACUCUGGAACAGGCACUGCAGGCGGAAUAGAGAUCUAAGGAAGCAGUAUGGAGAAUGACUUUCAUGUCCUGCAGUUCCAUUGAGGCCGCUGUUCUUGCUGUUUUGCAGAAUGAAGAUAUUCAGAUGUUGCUUUAAAUACACUCUCCAGCAGAAACUCUUCAUCCUCCUCUUAACCCUGUGGCUGUUCUCCUUGUUGAAGCUCCUAAAUGUGGGCAGGCUCCUCUUCCCUCAAAGAGACAUUUACUUAGUUGAAUACUCCCUAAGUACAUCACCAUUUGUGAGGAACAGGUUCCCCGAGUCUGGGGAUGCAGCCAGGGACAACGUUAACUGCUCGGGGGUCUACGAGCACGAGCCUUUGGAAAUCGGCAAGAGUCUAGAAAUCAGAAGACGGAGCAUCAUCGACUUGGAGGACGGUGAUGUCGUGGCGAUGACAAGUGACUGUGACGUUUAUCAGACCCUAAGGCAGUACCAUGAAAAGCUGGUUUCAAGGGAGGAAGAGGACUUCCCCAUAGCCUAUUCGCUGGUCGUCCACAAAGAUGCCAUUAUGGUUGAGCGGUUGAUCCGAGCUAUUUACAACCAGCACAACCUUUACUGCAUCCAUUAUGACCUGAAGUCACCGGACACGUUCAAAGCUGCCAUGAACAACCUAGCUAAGUGCUUCCCCAAUAUCUUCAUCGCUUCCAAAUUAGAGACUGUGGAGUAUGCUCACAUAUCCAGGCUCCAGGCCGAUUGGAACUGCUUAUCAGACCUCCUCAAGUCUUCCGUUCAGUGGAAGUACGUCAUCAACCUCUGUGGGCAAGACUUUCCCCUAAAGUCAAAUUUUGAAUUAGUGACAGAGCUGAAAAGUCUCCAAGGAAGGAAUAUGUUAGAGACGGUGAGACCCCCCAGUGCUAAGACGGAGAGGUUCACCUACCAUCAUGAGCUCAGACAGGUGCCUUAUGAUUAUAUGAAGCUACCAGUAAAGACGAACGUCUCCAAGGGGGCACCCCCUCAUAACAUUCAGGUAUUUGUGGGCAGUGCCUAUUUUGUUUUAAGUCGAGCAUUUGUUAAAUAUAUUUUCAACAGCUCCCUCGUUGAAGACUUUUUUGCCUGGUCUAAAGAUACAUAUUCUCCUGACGAGCACUUUUGGGCCACCUUAAUCCGGAUACCAGGAAUACCCGGGGGAAUUUCCAGUUCAUCUCAGGACGUGUCUGACCUGCAGAGUAAGACCCGCCUGGUCAAAUGGUUUUACUACGAAGGCUUUCUCUACCCCAAUUGCACUGGCUCUCACCUUCGAAGUGUGUGUAUUUACGGAGCUGCAGAACUACGGUGGCUCUUAAACGAAGGGCAUUGGUUUGCUAAUAAGUUUGAUUCUAAAGUUGACCCCAUCUUGAUGAAAUGUCUGGCAGAAAAACUUGAAGAGCAACAGAGAAAGUUGAUUGCUUUGUCUUCAGAGAAGUUCAUGACAGAGGGAACCCGCCAAAGCCACACAUUAUAAGCUGACUAAGGGCCUGAGGGUGUCUGUUACAAACAGUUAAGUGAGAUGGAAUUACACACCCAUGUCCUGCCCAACAGCAUCUGAACUUAAUAGUUUUUCCAAGGAUGAAACUUCUACGGAUUUCCAUGCCUGGACUUCGAGCCCACAGUUGGCUGGUGUUUAAGUGCUGAAAUUGCUUGUCGUCUUGCUAAGUCAGAUAUGUUAAAUGUUCAGUGAUAUCACAUUUAUUGAACACCUAACAGCGCACCAGGCACUUUAUAGAAAGACACCCAGGAGUUAAGUCUAAGUUGCAAUGACUUGUGCCCUCAGGAAGCAGCCUUUACCCUCCUAGUGUGGCAACUGUUGUGUUUCUUAUUUCUGUGUAACGAGGGUGCUACUGAAGCCAACUUUGGGGUGUGUGCUAAUCGUACAAGCCAUUCCCUCUGAAAAGUGUGGGAGUGUGAAGCCAGCCCUCCCCUUCUCUCACUUUAGCAACUGAGACCUUUUUAAAUCGUUAGAAUAUUAGGAGGAGGGAUUCCACUACCUCAGAGAAGCUCAAAGAAUGGUCCGAUCGCCUGCUUGCCAAAGUAUAAUUUACCUUUUGGUGCCUCACUUUUCUGAUUCAGGGUAGAGGGAGUGCUGUGGUGUGAUGCUUGUAGGGUAUGGUUCUCUGAGAAGGCAGAGGGGCGGGCGUGGGUGGAUGGGGACAGCCAGUGCUGGAGAGGAACACAGGCUCCAUUCAGCUUUGCAUUUGUUAUACAAUGGUGUCACAAUUGGCUUUCUUUUUAAUUCACUUGUUUCUUUAAAACACAGGUACUGAUAAAGAUAAAACUGAGAACUAGUUCAAAAUGUCACAGGCCAGAACUCCAGGCCUACACCUGUCAUUUCAUCAGGUAACAUUAGAGCUACAAUUGUAUCCUUGCCGCAGUCCAACACUUCUGACAGGGUUCAUAGUUCUAUGUAACCGCCAAGUCAGUAAGCUUUCUUAGAAGGACUUUGUGAAAUAUGACAGCUUUCUCGGUUGGUUAUUGUGGUCACUUACUCAUUUUCCUUUUUUAAACGAAAAUGGAGUCAAAAUUCAAAAUUAUUAACACUUCCUGUUAGUGCAGCAUUUUUCUCAACUGAGCACCAAAGAGAAUAUUAUUACCCUUAUUUUACAAACACCCACACUUAGAAUCAUUUUACAUGCACACACAUACACAUGCACACACAUACACAUGCACACAUGCACACAUACACACACAUGCACACGGAUGGGGGAGGGGCAGAGGCACCUUGAGACUGAACGUAUUGUGUAUUGUGCUGCUGAGCCACAACCCUGAGAACAGGCUGCAACAUCACACCAGUCUCUGUGGAGGGUAGGACACAUGUAAAAAUUCCUUGUGUUUUGAUAUCAGCCCCAAUAACUAAUUAUGUGGUGAUCAAUGCCAAAAUCAGAUUAUUUGAAAGACUGGAGUACGUAAAUAUCAUUUUACACUUCUGUGCUCUGCACGUGCCAUGCUCUUGGUGUAUAUAAUGGUUCGUAGCACUAGCUGCCCUGUGGCCCCAUUUUGCUCCAUUUCUUUAUCUUUAAGUCACCUUGCACCUCUUUCAAUACCCUUUGGAUGCUUUUGUUCCCAGGGAAACGUCUGUCACCAACUUUCUAUCCUUAGAUGAUGAAGUAUAGAGGGUGGCUCGGCAGUUAAGAAAAUGUGCUGCUCCUGCAGAAGACCCAAGUUCUGGUCCCAGCACUCACACCAGGUGGCUCCCAGCUGCCUGUAACUCCAGUUGUAGGGAAACCAGUGCCACCUUCUGGCCUCCAGUGGCACCUACACCCAUCAGUGUGUACACACACACACACACACAAAUGUACUCACACAUACAGGCUUGCACACGCACACCUGCACACAGAUGUAUUACAGGUUUUUAGGAGCCUCACAGAGAAUCUGCCCAGGUCUGUGGGUGGGUGAGACCUAAGAAAACCAUCCUAUCGGCCUCCAUGGGCUCUGCUCUCUGUGCACUGAGCACAGGCACUGAACAUGCUGUCGUUUCCUCGGAGGCUCUCAUGAGCUUCAAGGGAAAUGUCACAUGAAGGGGAGACAAAAUUUGAACUAUCAGUUUGGUGACAGUGUCAAGAUAACCAGGUCCAUUGUGAGAAUUGAAAAUGAGCCUUUAAACCACAAGAGGCCAGAGUUGCAGGGGAAGCUCUGCCACCAGAUUCAGGGCUGAGAAAAAAAAAACCCUGUCAUGGCAUUUGGAGUUUCUUGUACAGCCAACAGCAUAGUAGCAUGCAGAUUAGAGAAACGUUGAUAACCAUGCAUGAUCAAACUCAAGGACUUCGGUCAUCAAGGAGAAUGUAAGGGCAACAUGCAGCAAGCAUCUACCUUGUCCCCUGUCUUUCUGCAGAGAAAGGCCCCUGUUCUCUGGUAUUAGGAAUUGUCUCAAAUUGCUGCAUGCUGCCCUGCUAUUUUCAAGUGGAUGAUGGGCAGACCAAGUGGCAUGCCUUCCUUCCCCCAUGGACACAUUUCUCUGGACUCAGAAACGUCAACCGCUUGUAUUUCAGAGAGCUCGCCAAAGCACUGGCUCUUGCCUUGGGAAUCCUGCAGGGUCUUCAGAAUUGAUUCUGGCAAAAACCGUUUGCUAUGAGCCCUCCCCAAAUCUCAGAAUGUACAACACUGUUUGAUAAUUGUUCUCUGUAUAGUAUUUAUUGAAUUAGACUCUAAUUUACUUAAAGGUGAGAGUUUACGAAUUGUAUGUGAAUACUAGAAGAAAAAUGAAGGCUGUCAAAAUAUGUGAGCAAUCGUAUACUGUACCAUAGACACUGUAUAUCGAAAAGCCAGUACUGCUAUUUUUUUCUUUUGCCUACUUUAAAUAAUAAAACACAUUGAAAGAUUAAAGACUUUAGGGCUAGAAAGAUGCCUUAGCAGUUAAGAGUACUGGUCACUUGUCCAGAGGAUCCAAAUUCAAUUCCCAGAAUCCUCAUGGCAGCUUACAACCAUCUGUAACUCCAGUUUGAGGAGACCUGGUGUCCCUCCUCUUCUGGCCUCAGAAAGCACAAACACACACAUGGUAGACUGACAUACUUGCAGGCAAAACAUGCACAUAAAAUAAGUUGAAAAUUAAAGCUGUCUCUUGGCUUCCAGAAUGUGAAUAUAUACAGGCUUAAGUAUUUCAUGUGAAACGAAUGUAUUAAGUAUAUUCAAAUUGUUUCUGUGAAUGGUACAAUGUUUUCCUUGUCACUCUCUAUGGCUCCUUUACCGUGUUGUCCUUGUCCCUUACCAUUUUAGUAACAAAUCUCCCAUGUAUGGGUUUUGAAUAGUGAUUUUUUUUGUUUAUUUAAAUUAUGUUAGUUUUCUGGCAUUGCAAAAUAAAAUGUGCUCCUCAAAUCCAA